AUGGCCGAUGAGACACCCUUUAUAUUGUCUCAAUACGGGAGUCUGAAAGAACUCGAAAAGUUUGCUAGAGAAUUACCAAAAAUAGAACUGCAUGCACACUUAAAUGGCUCCUUAAGCCCGGAAACGUUGCAAUAUCUAGUAGAUAUUAAGAAGGAGGAGAAGCCCCACUUGACGAAUUUUAAAAUUCCCAAGAAAAGAUUGGAUACAAUUAACGAAUUCUUUUUAAUAUUCGACUUCAUCUAUCAACUGACUGACGAUGAGGAGACCGUCGCGUAUAUCACGGAAGCCGUGAUUCGCGACUUUCAUAAGGACGGAGUUAAAUACUUGGAAUUAAGAAGCACUCCGAGAAAGAAUGAAAGCAAAGGAAUGACUGGCGAAUCGUACGUGAGGGCAAUCAUUUCGACCAUCCAAAAAUUUCCGUCUUCCGAGUGCGACAUUAUAGUGAGACUAAUCCUUAGCAUUAGCCGUAAGGAUUCGUUGGAGGAAGCAAUGGAAACUGCUGACCUCGCGAUAAAGUACAAGAAGGCGGGGGUAGUUGGUGUCGACCUUUGCAGCGAUCCUAGUAGAGGACACAUCGACAAUGUGAAACCUGCUUUCGUAAAGGCAAAAAGUCAUGGGUUAAAAGUAACAUUGCAUUUUGGAGAGAUCGAGUCGAAUAUGUUAGAACACGCGUCAAUGCUCACAAUUCCUCCGGACAGGGUCGGGCAUGCAACCUACCUCGACCCAUAUUCAAGAGAUUACAUCUUAUCGAAUAAACUUCCAAUUGAAAUUUGCAUGACUUCGAACGUCACGUGUAAUACCGUAAAGGAUUACAAUGAACAUCACAUCAAGAGUUUCUUGUCUAUGGAGCACCCUUGUUGCCUUGGCGUAAGUGUUUCUGCUGUGACUCCCCCGUCAUUUUGA